AUGCAGAGGAGCGCUGGUUUCCUGUUCCUGACCCUCAUCCUCGGGGCCGCCCUGUCGGAAACGUUCGGGCUGGUUUUCUCCGCAAAAGAAAAAAGGGGCUGGACUUUGAAUAGCGCUGGGUACCUACUUGGGCCACAUGCGGUAGAUAACCACAGAUCUUUCAACGACAAAUAUGGCUUCACUGGUAAACGCGAAAUACAGCCUGAUGAGGAUACUGAAGCAGGGAGUCUUGGAAGACCGCUGGCUGAUGAAAACAUUGUGCGCACAGUAAUUGAAUUUUUGACGUACUUGCAUCUUAAAGAGGUGGGAGCGCUUGACAAACUACCUUCAUCAGAGGAAACAAAUCAGUCUUGA